CCCUUCGAGGGGUGACAAUUAAAAGGCCUUAUUUGGUUUUGCUCUUGGUGACGUCGCCCGCGUCUCGGUAGGUGAUUGGCUGCUUGCUCAGCGGCGAGCUGAUUAGUGCGCCUUUCCAUGCUGACAUUACAACAGAGCGGAAAAUGGGAGCCAAAUGGCAAGGUGGGACACGCUGACAGACGCCCUGGUUAUUUUGCGCCAUCUUCUUGACUCAAUCCAGGAUUUAAAGACACGCAGGCGUGGCUUGAUGCCGACUCUCCGCUAUUUCUCUGAGAUCAUCUUGAUUGGCCCGCUGUGUUUGGGGGUUUUAGGACAGAAAUGUUGUGUACCGGUUUUUUUCUCAACAGAUGACCAGUUGGUUUUUUUGGAGCUGUUGGUCUCGUGUGGAUUGUUUUGACAUGUUUAAAUCCUUUGGAUAAUCCUCGUCGUUAUUCACAUUGACUUGGACGCACGAGGAUCUCUGGAUAAAUAUUUAAAAAAAAAAAAAAAAAAAAAACAACAACAACAAAAAACGCCGAGGUGACUCGCCGGAGACCGGAAUAAACCUCCAAAGCACUGUGUGUAAAUAUAUAUUCGUUUAUUUAUUCGGAAUUAACUGCGCACCAUGAUUCAGUGCGCCAACUGCGAAAAACCAAUUGUAGAUCGGUUCUUGCUGAAAGUUCUGGACCGACCGUGGCACGUUCAGUGUGUGCAGUGCUGCGAAUGCAAGUGCACUUUGACAGAAAAGUGCUUCUCGCGAGAAGGAAGACUCUACUGCAAGAAUGACUUCUUUAGGAGAUUCGGGACCAAGUGCGGAGGUUGCUCCCAGGGGAUUCUGCCCAGCGAUCUGGUCCGCAGGGCCAAGAGCAAAGUCUUCCACCUCAACUGCUUCACUUGCGUGAUGUGCAACAAGCAGCUGUCCACCGGCGAGGAGCUUUACAUCCUGGACGAAUUCAAGUUCGUUUGUAAGGACGACUACCACAACAGCAACAACAACGGCAAAGACACCCUUCACCUCUCAGUGACGACGUGCAGCGAGCCCAGUUUGUCUCCGGACUCGCAGGACCUGCAGCAGGACGACGGCAAGGACUCGGAAGCGGGCCACCUGUCGGACAAAGACGCGUGCCCCAACGAGGGCGACGAGCAGGGCGCGGUGGGCAAGCGACGCGGGCCUCGGACCACCAUCAAGGCCAAGCAGCUGGAGACCCUGAAAGCGGCUUUCGCGGCCACGCCGAAGCCCACCAGACACAUCCGGGAGCAGCUGUCGCGGGAGACCGGCCUCAACAUGCGAGUCAUCCAGGUGUGGUUCCAAAACCGGCGGUCCAAAGAGAGGCGCAUGAAGCAGCUGAGCGCGCUGAGUGCCAGGCGACACAUGUUCUUCCGCAGCCCGAGAAGGAUGCGAGGUCUCGGGGAGAGGAUGGACACCGCGGAGCUGGGCCACUUCUCCUACUAUGGAGAUUAUCCCGGUGAAUACUACGGCCCGGGCGGGAAUUACGAGUACUACCAAGGCCCGCCGUCGUCCCAGGCGCAGACGCCAGCAGACUUAGGCUUUGUGCCCUCGGCAAUCCCGGCCGGCACGCCCUUAGGCGCCAUGGAGCACCGCCACCCCGGGCACCACUGCCCCGGCGGAGAGGUGCAGUGUUACCCCGAGGUGCCGUCGCACCACCCGGUGAACUCCCCCAGCCCGGAGCCCAACGGACCGAGCUCCAUGCACAGCAUCUCCAGCGAGAUGUGCGGGCCCAGCACGCCUUUCGCCACCGUCGCCCUCGGCGACAGCGGCUACACCAACCAACUGUCGCAGCCCUCGUCCGAGGUGAGCGAAGGAACUGUCUGGUAACGCCGGGCACUCUGAAGGCAGAUCACCACUUUACAGUAUUUAUUUAUUUAUUUAUUUAUUUAUUUAUUUAUUUAUUUAUUCAUUCAUUCAUUCAUUCAUUCAUUCAUUCAUUUAUACAAUCUGAAUUCUUGAGUGUGAUUCUGUGCGUGUCUGCAGUUGAUUGUAUUCAGAUGGGACUCACAAGUACUACGUGCUGGAUUGUGCUGAACCUCUUUGACGGAGCAAUAAACACAUACAUACUGUAAUGUUUGGCAUCAUAAAAUAUGUUUUGUAAGAUCAUUAUUUAGGUUAUGCAUGUCAAUCCAUUCAUGCAUCCAUGGUCUUUUGUGCUUAUUCUUAUCUUUUCAAAAUCACCUUUCGGUAUUAAAAAACAGCUACUGGUGACUACAAGGUUUAGGAUUGAGAUUGUCAAGUUCAUUAUUGCUUUUGACCAAAAAGCUCUCUCAGGACUGUCUAAGCUUUGCUUUUGAAAUUUCAUUUGUCAGUUGUGUCCAAGCAGGUUUGCCUUCAAAAGGACACGAGAUGUCUGAAAGAAGACAUUUGUAUAGAGACUGAUCGUGCUUUAUGAAAACGAUGAGUUUACGCUUAUAAAUAAAAGAAUAUUAAUGAAGGGCAGUCAGUCAACUGUUUACUUUGAGUCCCCACUAUUUAAAUAUCACUGUAUAAAACCUGAUUGAUUGUGGAAAACUGAUUCCAGAGCACACAGACGAACUAAACCUCGGUAACUAUAUUUGUGUGAUCGCUCGCUGUGCUAGUUUGUAAUUGGAAACACACACACACACACACACAGACAUACACACGCACACAAAACCUGUGUUCUCGAAUGAUGCAACAACACAACUCGUGAAAUUGUGGCUACUUCAUGAUGAUGUUUACAGUAAAACAAACAAACAAGCAAACAAAACACAGCCAAGACACACAUUUGCAUGCAUAAUGCCAGCAGUAGCUGAUGUUUGUCAUGAGAUAAUUGUAGAAAAAAGGCUGAGACGGAUGUUUUUGACUAUUCACUGUAUGAUAAAAUGCAUUCUGAUUAUUGUUAUUUGUAGAAAUUGACUUUGGACACAAAUAUUAGCCUCCCUAAUUCAAAGUCCAACUGGAAUCCCUUUCAAACACUCAUAUUUGCAGUACAUACAGUAUGUCAACAUGUUUUGGGAAUAGUUUUGUAUGUUUUAUUGUGUAAUUUUAAAUAUGAAGUCAAAUAAAAUGAUGUGGACUGGAUACAACGGAAAUAUUCCUUUUAGGAGGACCUGCCGAUAACUUGUAUGUCAGACAAUAGUUUGCCAACCAAGUGACAAACUGACAAAACGUGAACACGAUUGCCCUCACGUGCACCAAAUUAGGCUGCUAGAAGACGACUGUUGGAAGAGCUCAGUCAGCCAGUAUACCGAGUUCUGAUCUUUACCCGAAAUUUAACCAUUAAUAUUGAAGCAGCGAGCCCGAGGCCAAAUUUAAACCCAGAACCUUUCAACUGCGAGGUGGCAGCAACCGUGCUGCCGUAGCGCAAACACUUCGAGCCAAAUAAUUUCAUUAUUCCACAAUAUGAAAACAAAAGAACCUUUGUUUGCCUUGGCUAAACUGAACUAUCAGUGUGAGGAAGCGGUACAGCGUUCAUCAACAAUUUAUAUUUGCCAGCCUGCUAUUUUUCUUUGGCGAGGGACUCACGUGAAUCUUAAUGAUAGCAAACAAAGGACAUCACGCAGAAAAGGUUUGCAGCGCCCGUUUCUCUUCCGUUUGCACACACUGUCAAAUAUUUGCCAGGUUGUGUAUGAUGUGUGCAAACAUGAUGCGAAAAAUGCAUUUUCCCAAACAAAAAAGAAAACAAAAACUUCAUUUCGUUGCUCGACACAUCUGAAUUUUGAUUUUGCGUUGUUGCGUCACUCCAGGGGUCACCAACGUGGAGCCCGAGGGCAGCAGGUUGUCCCAAAGCAGCCGAUGUGUAGCUCACCAGUGAUGGGACAUUGUGAUUGUUUUCG